CCAAAUGUUGGCCCCGCCCCCUCGCCCCCCGUUUCGCGCCAUUCGCAGCUCUCCCGCCAUCCCGGCCGCUCCUCCCGCAGCCAUGAUCGGGCAGCAGACCCUGCAUUGCUUCUUCAGCCCCGCACCGACCAGGAAACGCAGCCGCACCCCAGAGCCUGGCGGUGAUAAUGAGGACGAUGCCGCUAAGAGGCUGAAAACUUCAGAUCCUGAAGCGGGCAGGGCCUCAACGCUGACCCCUGAGCAGCUGGAGCGGAUACGUAGGAACAAAGAGGCGGCACGACAGCGGCUGAACGAGCGCAGCGUUCCACCGGGCUUUGGGGAGAGCUGGAGGAGGCAGCUGGCGGCUGAGUUCACCAAGCCAUACUUCGUGGAGCUGAUGGCGUUCGUGGCCGAGGAGAGGAAGAAAUACAAGGUGUACCCGCCUCCAGAGCAGGUCUUCACCUGGACGCAGAUGUGUGACAUCAAGGAUGUAAAAGUUGUAAUUUUGGGACAAGAUCCUUAUCAUGGACCUAAUCAAGCUCAUGGGCUCUGUUUCAGUGUCCAGAAACCUGUUCCUCCUCCUCCCAGUUUGGAAAAUAUUUACAAAGAACUUUCCACUGAUAUUGAAGGCUUCACCCAUCCUGGUCAUGGUGAUCUGACUGGCUGGGCCAAGCAGGGUGUGCUCCUACUCAACGCUGUCCUCACAGUGAGAGCCCACCAGGCCACGUCCCACAAGGAGAGGGGCUGGGAGCAGUUCACGGACGUGGUGGUCUCCUGGCUGAACAAGAACCUGCAUGGUGUUGUUUUCAUGCUGUGGGGAGCUUAUGCACAGAAGAAAGGCAGCUCCAUUGACAGGAAACGCCACCACGUCCUGCAGACGGUUCACCCUUCCCCUCUCUCUGUGAACAGAGGCUUUUUUGGCUGUCGUCAUUUCUCCAAGACCAACGAGCUGCUAAAGAAAUCUGGCAAGAAACCCAUAGAUUGGAGAGCGCUGUGAGCUGCGAGGGUCGGCUCUGGGGCCUGGAUGGGUGCAAACAGCCCCAUGUUGGAAGGGCUGUCUGGUUUCUUGUGAAACUUUUGCUGACCUGAGGGUUGUCCUCUGGAUGUCGAUCAAGGAACAAAAGGCUGAACUCCAAACUCUAAGACACUUGGGUUUGUUUUUUUUUCCCCAAAGCAAAUUGACUUGUCUGCUUUUUGAAGGGAUCUCAGCCUGGCUUGAAGCAAAGGAAAACAGUUUCAUGUUGAUUUGUUUGGGGUUUUUUGUUACGCUGGGAAUGUUUUUUGAAGGCCUUGUGAAGGGCUGUGACUUCUUGCAGGUGAAGCUGCUCAGCUGUUGUACAUCGCCUGCUUUGCUUCUCCCUUCUCCCCUGCAUCCUGCUGUACAAAUCUGUUUCUUAGUGCGGGGAGUGGAACUGGAGCUGCUGGUCCCCAUUGGAGCCGAGGCUUAUUUAAAAGCAAUGCACCAUCAGAGGCUUUACCUGGUGUGUCGCUGAGGUUUCAGGGUUAACCAGAUGAGCUCCAUGAUACUGAGGUUCCUGCAGCUGCCACUUCCAGCAGAUACGUGUCCAUCAAGCUGCCAAGUGAUGGGCUGAAGGGUUCAGAAUAUUUACAAUCUUAAAUCUUAAUACAGAGAUAAUUCUGUGUUUGCCUUCGUAGGAGGAGAAAAUUAUUUGCUCUGGUGGCCAGAAAUGUUUGAUCUUCCUGACUGAAUGAGAGGUCUGGGUGUCCAGUCCUGCUUUGUGUUUUCUUUUAAUGAAAGUGCCUUGUUCAGAAGUCAUUAUGUUUUUUAAAGCCUUGUAUUUACUCCAGGAGGUGACACCAGUUUGGGUUUGCUGUGUUGUGUUUGUUUUUGUAAAUAAAAAACCCUUUUCUUUA